AUGGAGCCUGAGAACUUUACAGAAAUCACCGAAUUUCUUCUUGUAGGAUUUUCAAAUGCACAUGAGCCACAGUCUCUUAUAUUCGGGCUCUUCCUGUCCAUGUACCUGAUCACCGUGCUGGGGAACCUGCUCAUCAUCCUGGCCGUCAGCUCAGACCCUCACCUCCACACGCCCAUGUACUUCUUCCUGUCCAACCUGUCCUUCGUGGACAUCUGCUUCACCUCCACCACCAUCCCCAAGAUGCUGGUGAACAUCCAGACGCACAGCAAGGCCAUCACCUACUCGGGCUGCCUCACCCAGAUGUAUUUUUUCAUGAUCUUUAUAGCAUUAGAUGACUUUCUUCUGACUGUCAUGGCCUAUGACCGCUUUGUGGCCAUCUGCCAACCUCUACACUACACAGUCAUCAUGAACUCUCGAUUUUGUGGGCUGCUGGUUUUGGGGUGCUGGGUCACGGGUGCUCUGCAUUCCUUGUUAGAAACUUUAAUGGUAUUUCGCCUCUCCUUCUGUAGAAACGUGGAAAUCCCCCACUUUUUCUGUGAGCUCAAUCAGAUGGUCCAAGGUGCCUGUUCUGACACUUUUCUGAAUAAUCUGGUGAUGUAUUUUGAAGUGGUGAUUCUGGGUGGUAGUACCCUGGCUGGUAUCUUUUAUAGCUACUCUAAAAUAGUUGCUACUGUACAAGGAAUGGCAUCAGCUCAGGGGAAGCAUAAAGCAUUUUCCACCUGUGUGUCUCACCUCUCCGUGGUCUCCUUAUUUUACUGUACAGCCCUGGGUGUGUACCUGAGCUCCGCGGGUACCCACAGCUCACCUUCAAGUAUAGUUGCCUCGGUGAUGUACACAGUGGUCACCCCCAUGCUGAACCCCUUCAUCUACAGCCUCAGGAACAAAGAUAUCAAGCAGGCACUAAAAAUUCUCUUUGGGAAGAAACAAUGA